AUGGCCCGGCGCUGCGGCCCCGUGGCGCUGCUCCUUGGCUUCGGCCUCCUCCGGCUGUGCUCAGGCGUGUGGGGUACAGACACAGAGGAGCGGCUGGUGGAGCAUCUCCUGGAUCCUUCCCGCUACAACAAGCUUAUCCGCCCAGCCACCAAUGGCUCUGAGCUGGUCACAGUACAGCUCAUGGUAUCACUGGCCCAGCUCAUCAGUGUGCAUGAGCGGGAGCAGAUCAUGACCACCAAUGUCUGGCUGACCCAGGAGUGGGAAGAUUAUCGCCUCACCUGGAAACCUGAAGAGUUUGACAAUAUGAAGAAAGUUCGGCUCCCUUCCAAACACAUCUGGCUCCCAGAUGUGGUCCUGUACAACAAUGCUGACGGCAUGUACGAGGUCUCCUUCUAUUCCAAUGCCGUGGUCUCCUAUGACGGCAGCAUCUUCUGGUUGCCACCUGCCAUCUACAAGAGCGCAUGCAAGAUUGAAGUAAAGCACUUCCCAUUUGACCAGCAGAACUGCACCAUGAAGUUCCGUUCGUGGACCUACGACCGCACGGAGAUCGACCUGGUGCUGAAGAGUGACGUGGCCAGCCUGGACGACUUCACACCUAGUGGUGAGUGGGACAUCGUGGCGCUGCCGGGCCGGCGCAACGAGAACCCCGACGACUCCACGUACGUGGACAUCACGUAUGACUUCAUCAUUCGCCGCAAGCCGCUCUUCUACACCAUCAACCUCAUCAUCCCCUGUGUGCUCAUCACCUCACUAGCCAUCCUUGUCUUCUACCUGCCAUCCGACUGCGGCGAGAAGAUGACGUUGUGCAUCUCAGUGCUGCUGGCGCUCACGGUCUUCCUGCUGCUCAUCUCCAAGAUCGUGCCUCCCACCUCCCUCGACGUGCCGCUCGUCGGCAAGUACCUCAUGUUCACCAUGGUGCUUGUCACCUUCUCCAUCGUCACCAGCGUGUGUGUGCUCAACGUGCACCACCGCUCGCCCACCACGCACACCAUGGCGCCCUGGGUGAAGGUUGUCUUCCUGGAGAAGCUGCCCGCGCUGCUCUUCAUGCAGCAGCCACGCCACCAUUGCGCCCGCCAGCGCCUGCGCCUGCGGCGACGUCAGCGUGAGCGCGAGGGCGCCGGAGCCCUCCUCUUCCGCGAAGCCACUGGGGCCGACUCCUGCACGUGCUUCGUCAACCGCGCAUCCGUGCAGGGCUUGGCUGGGGCCUUCGGGGCUGAGUCUGCACCGGUGGCGGGCCCGGGGCGCUCAGGGGAGCCGUGUGGCUGUGGCCUCCGGGAGGCGGUGGACGGCGUGCGCUUCAUCGCAGACCACAUGCGGAGCGAGGACGACGACCAGAGCGUAAGGGAGGACUGGAAGUACGUCGCCAUGGUGAUCGACCGCCUCUUCCUCUGGAUCUUUGUCUUUGUUUGUGUCUUUGGCACCAUUGGCAUGUUCCUGCAGCCUCUCUUCCAGAACUACACCACCACCACCUUCCUCCACUCAGACCACUCAGCCCCCAGCUCCAAGUGAGGCCCUUCCUCUUCUCGAUGCUCCUUCACCCCGCCACCCUCUGCUGC